CAUGAGCUCAUCGCUUAUUUUUCUUAAUGGGAUUUCCCCGAAAAUUCAGAUUUCCCGGAUGGAUGUUUUUGAUUUCACUUUCCCAAAGAGAAGACCAGCCCGCUGAUCCACGCCCACAGCUUAUAAAGGAGCGUGGACCUCCAUGUUGCUAUCUGUUCUGCUCUCAGUUCAUUACAGACACCAUCUGGCCAACAAACUUUGGGCUCGGAGAUUUUUUAUUAACAAACGUUUUUUCUUUUUCGUUUUCCCAACGAAACUAUCUGGACACGAUGCUUUCCUGUUACCUUUUCCUCGUUAUUUCUUUGAUGAUCUCCUUCCGAGACGUCCGCGUGUCCGCCUCUGGUUCUAUCUGCACAGAAUCUCCUGUGUUCACUCCAUCUGCGCUGGUAGUGAAGUACGGUGACCCAGCCAAUGUUACAUGUGUUGUAUGUCAGAAGGACUGCAGUGGAGAUGUUUCAGGUUUGGAGCACCCUGUGGGAAAAGUUUCACAAAAUGGAACCACGAUGUUCUGGACAGUUGACAGACUGACUGAAUGGGGCAUAUCUCUACAGUGCUAUUAUACCAAUGAUGCUGAUGUUCAGUGUACUAGCGUUCUGAAUCCAACUCUUUAUCAGCUUCCAGAAAGUGUCUCCAUCAGCUUUGUAAACCACACUGAGAUGAUGUUUGAGAAUCAGCAGUACACCCUGCAGUGUAGCGUACAGAACGUAGCUCCUGUUGAAAAGCUCAAUGUGACCUUCUACAGAGGAAACACAGCACUGCGUCACCUACAGUCCAGGAGUGAACAAAAGAAACCAGUGAAUGAGACCUUCACUCUGAACAUCACCCCCAGUAGAAAAGAUGAUGGAGCCCAGUACUGGUGCGAAGCCAAGCUGGAGCUGGGACCAGCUGGACCACAGAGCCCUCCAGUGGUGACAUCAGAAAAAUUCUCUGCUCCUCCAGUCUACUAUGGGCCUGAGCUCAAUGAGCCACCAAAUCCAGAUGUGAUCACAAUCACGGAAGGAGACACUCUACACCUGAACUGCUCCUCUGUGGGAAACCCCAGCCCCUCAUACACCUGGACACGCCCAAAAAAUAGCUCAUCUUCCUACACUGGCAGCGUUCUCACUAUCAGUUCUGUCGGCUUUGAGCAUGAAGGACAGUAUAUCUGCACUGUGAGCAACACAGUAGGGAAUGUCACCAAGGAGUUUAACGUUGAUGUACAAGCCUCUAUUCCCAACUCUGCAGCUUUCCCCUGGAUAUGGAUAAUAGUCGGGGUAUUUGUGGCUGUUCUGUUUGUCCUCAUACUUUGUGUGCUAUGUUGUCUUGUCUAUAAACAAAACCGAAAGGGAAGCUACAACCUAAAGGAUGUUUUACGGUUUCCUAUGCGCACUGCCUUGCCUCUGCAAAACUGCGAGAAUAUCUGAACUGUGGACAAACAGUCUGGAGCAGUUUCUUCGACAUUAGGUGCUGUCUAAUUCUUCAAGUCAAUUUGUCAAGUUUGACAUCAUCCCGGUUUGAUUGAGGUAGUGGUUACCUUCCUCUACUGAUGACAUCUGAUGACACCAAACAACAAAAAUGACAGCAUGAAAUGAAGACUUUAAGUGACGUGACCGGUGACCUAAAUACUGAAUGGAAAAAAAGCUUCUUUCUCUUUUAACAAGCUUCUGCUUUUAAGGUACUGUAACACAGUCAGCAGCGGUUCUGCAGUCACUUCCUGUAAAUAUGCUGCCUUAAAUCCAGGUCUUGGGUUGCAGCUUUUAAGGAGUGAUCUCUGGAUUUCAUUGUAGUGAGUGUGGAAUUCAAAGUUCCCGUGUCGAUAUAGACUGAAAACAUAGGAUGUCACCAGCUUUUUCCUUGAACUGUUACACAGCCUGGAAUUUAGUACUGUUGUCAUGGCAGCAGCUUACUGGCCUUUGUCUGUAUUUCUGCCACUACUUUGAACUAGUAGCAAGAUGUAAAACAUUCUCGAUUUUGACUGUUGACUGCUGAGAAAAUCGAGUUCUAUGAGAAAUAUUUGAUAUUAUUUUAAGUUAUGUUUUCAGUAUUUGGUGACUGUAAAAGUACAAACUCAAGACUAACAGGACACUAACUUAAAGAUUCUGCACACUUUUUUUUUUU